AUGGCAAGCACAUCAAGGGACGCCCAUUUGAACAAAGUUUGCUGCUAUUCGCAUCCGGAAGCACCGUUAAUAGAAGACUAUCGGGCCGGUGAUAUGAUAUGUUCCGAGUGUGGGUUAGUGGUUGGAGACCGGGUCAUCGAUGUCGGAUCAGAAUGGCGUACCUUCAGCAACGAAAAGGCCGGAGUCGAUCCGUCCCGUGUCGGUGGCCCAGAAAACCCACUGCUUAGUGGUGGUGAUCUAUCCACCAUGAUUGGUCCCGGAACUGGUCCUGCAUCGUUCGAUGCGUUCGGAACUGCCAAGUAUCAGAACCGUCGGACGAUGAGUAGCUCCGAUCGCGCCCUUAUCGCAGCGUUCAAAGAAAUUAGCACGAUGGCAGAUCGAAUCAAUCUACCGAAGACGAUCACCGACAGGGCGAACAAUCUGUUCAAGCAGGUGCAUGAUGGCAAAAAUCUAAAGGGCCGAUCGAAUGAUGCCAAAGCAUCCGCCUGCCUGUACAUUGCCUGCCGACAGGAAGGUGUGCCACGAACGUUCAAAGAGAUCUGCGCCGUCAGUAAGAUCAGUAAAAAGGAAAUCGGUCGCUGCUUCAAACUUACGCUCAAGGCACUCGCUACCUCCGUUGAUCUCAUUACCACAGCAGACUUUAUGUCACGCUUCUGCGCUAAUCUUGAUCUACCGAACGUGGUACAGCGUGCCGCAACGCAUAUAGCACGGAAAGCGGUCGAAAUGGACAUUGUCCCCGGUCGAUCACCGAUCUCGGUGGCGGCAGCCGCCAUCUACAUGGCAUCGCAAGCGUCGGACAACAAAAAAACACACAAAGAAAUUGGCGACAUUGCCGGUGUGGCUGAUGUCACGAUCCGCCAAUCGUAUCGAUUAAUGUAUCCGCACGCGGCCGAACUGUUCCCAGAGGACUUCAACUUCUUUACCCCGAUCGAUCAGCUACCGCCGGUGUAG